UUUUUCUUCUCCUCCCACACAGCCAGACCAACACACACAUUUCUGUACAGUAAGGAGACUCUCACACUACCCGUCCUUGUUAGGGUACCUACAGGGACACGAGAGCGCGAGAGAGAUGGCACAAACCGACAGCCAAAGUUCUACUUUCCCCGAGAUAGUGGAGCUAAACGUGGGUGGGCAGGUGUAUGUGACCCGACAUGAAACUCUCACGACGGUCCCCAACUCUCUCCUGUGGACUAAGUUCACCCAGAGCUCCCCGGGCGACCUGCCAAAGGACGGCAAGGGCCGCUUCUUCUUCGACAGGGACGGCUUUCUGUUCCGCUACAUUUUGGACUAUUUGCGGGACUCUGAACUUUUCCUGCCCGAGUUUUUCAAAGAGAGGAGGAGGCUGCAGAAGGAAGCGGACUUCUUCCAGCUGCCGGAGUUGUCGAGGCGCCUGGCAGCCGUCAGUAAAGAAAGCUUGUACACGGAGGACAGCGGGGAGCCGGAGGAGGCUGAGCUCACCAGCCCGGUCACUUCCUCCUCCUCCUCGGACAAAACCCUGCGCUCUCCUGGGGCCAGCGCCGGCUACAUCACCAUCGGGUACAGAGGCAGCUACACUAUCGGGAGGGACAUCCAGGCGGACGCUAAAUUCCGCAGGGUCGCCAGAAUAACCGUCUGCAGCAAGACUUCUCUGGCUAAAGAGGUUUUUGGAGAAACCCUGAAUGAGAGCCGCGACCCGGACCGCCCGCCUGACAAAUACACCGCCAGGUAUUACCUCAAGUAUAACUUUCUGGAGCAGGCGUUUGACCGGCUGGCUGAGGUUGGUUUCCACAUGGUGGCCUGCAACUCCACUGGGACCUGCUCGUACGGCAGUAAUGACCCGGGGGAAGACAAGCUGUGGACCAGUUACACCGAGUAUGUUUUCUCCCGAUGUAGCGACUGAAAACUGCUCUCUGGGUGCAGGAGAGCAUUCAUUCUGACGACUUAUGUUAACUAACAAUUGAAGCAAUCUACUAUAGUUAUUUCUUUCAUUUAAUUAACAUCCCGAACUGGCAGUUUCUGUUUAGUUUCAGUUUAGUUUGUGUUUGUGUCACUCCCUGCUCUAUGCAGUGGGAUCAAACCAGAGUUGAUAUUUUCUGCCAUUGUUCUCCUCUGUUCUGUGGGAGGAGCACUUACUCCAAACUCAAACAUAUAUCUCACUGGUUAGGAGGUAAAGACAAAAAUACUUUUUCAUUGGGUGGGUUACAUUUUGUGGGCCAGUUUGCCUUUGAACCUUUAUGGCUUUCACAGAGACUGCUUUGUUCUUAGUUAAUGACAUACAUGUUUACUUAGGGUGGCAGAAAUGUUAGAAGCUGGUUUCUUUUGAUCCUCACUGAACUGUGCUUGCAUUGUGGUGUUAUUGAUGAGAGGCUAACACAUUAACUAGGACAUAUGUACUGUAAAUAGCCUAAUGUUUAAAUGUCCUCUCAAGUCUUACAUUUUGGGGAUUAAUGGAUGAGGAACACAGUAAAUUGCUUCUUCGAUAUGUUACCUUUAUAUGCAUAUGCAUACCCUUUUUUGAAGUCUAUUAUAUCAACCACACAUACAGUAUCACUGCUUUCAAGAUUACACAUUGGGACUUCUUCACAAUACUAUAUUGUUAUGUGCCAUUAAUGAGCUGUUGUCAUUGUUUUCUCUUUAGGUAUAAAGCUACAGCAAAUAAAGUGACAUUGUAACAGUAUUUACCCCAUCUUC